AUGACAGCAACACUGCUUCCUAACAAGGAGCCUUACCGGCUCCUCGAGGAGUCGCCGUUGGUUCAUCCCGACGAGUUGCGCACGGCUUUUGCGCUGGCCAUGUCGCACAUGUACAAGAAUGAAGUACCGCUAUACGGUGAUCUGGUACGCAUUGUACAGUCUAGAAACCACAAAGUUAUCGCCAAUAGUAGUAGCACCCCGGACAGCCUCGAUCGCCUCACGCUCGAGCGUCAUGGUGCGAUCCGGCUAGGCAAGCCUGAGGAGCUGCAGACAGUGAGCCGCAUCUUCGCACUGCUGGGCAUGCACGCAGUGGGCUACUACGAUCUCUCGGUAGCUGGUCUACCAAUGCAUGCUACCUGCUUCCGUCCCAUUGACACAGCGUCGCUGGCCACCAACCCUUUCCGCGUCUUCACCACACUCCUACGGCCAGACUUGAUCCGCUCCCCGGCAGCUCACGACCUGGCCCUCCAGCUCCUCGAACGGCGAAACAUCUUCAGCAAAGAGCUUCUGCGCAUGCUGGACAUCGCUACUACACAAACUGGACAGUUCCGUGUCCACCAGGCUGAGAUAUUUAUCCGUGAAGCCUUGCGUACCUUUAGCUGGGCCCCCGUGGCUGAGGCCACUGAGACCGAGUACCAGCUGCUACGGGCUGAGCACCCCAUCUUAGCAGAUAUUGCCAGCUUCCGCACCGCUCAUAUCAACCAUCUUACGCCACGCACACUAGACAUCGAAGCAGCCCAGGCCGCCAUGGCGGCGGAGGGCAUGCCUGUUAAGGAUCGAAUUGAGGGUCCGCCCAGACGGAAAUGGCCUAUCCUGUUGCGGCAGACAAGCUUUCUCGCCUUGGAAGAGAAGAUCCAGUUUAAAAUUCGAGAUAGCGACAGCGAGAGCGAGGAGGAAGGGGAUACACACAACGUUGAGCUAGUGGAUGGCUCCCACAAGGCUCGUUUCGGCGAGAUCGAGGAGCGUGGAGCUGCCGUGACUCCAGCAGGUCGGGCCCUCUAUGACCAGCUGUUGGAAAGCAGUAUGCAUAUGGCGGAAGACCAGAGGGAGACCAUCGACGAGGCGCUCGUCUCGUCAUUCCGAGCAUACCCCGAUACUUGGGAAGAACUACGCAAACAAGAGCUUGUGUACGUCAAAUACGGUUUCACCGCGAAGCUGCCUUCAUUGAGCAGGUACGACGUGGUAGACUCGUCCACCAUCGAGAGCCUGAUUGAGGAUGGGGUUCUUGAGACAACCCCAAUCACUUAUGAGGACUUUCUCCCGUUCUCGGCAGCGGGCAUUUUCCAGUCCAACUUGAAUCAAAAAUCGAAAUCCCCCCACUCAGAUAAACCCUUACAACCAAAGGCUGACCUAGAGGGAUUUGAACGUGCUCUUGGGUGUUCUGUUAUUGAUCCGGAUGUUCUGUAUGCUCGAGCCCAGAAACAGAGCCUGGAAUCGAGUUUGCUCAAGUUAAAAUCUCUCCUACUACUAAAUAAUGAGCUUUAA